UUUGAGGUGGUUGAUGUCACUUGGCGAUAUUCUUGUAAACAUGAAGAGGUAAUCUCCAGAAGAACUCUGAUUAAAGAAGAAUUACUUCGAGAAACUAUUAAUGGACUUAAUAAGCAGAGGCAAAUGUCUUUGUCAGAAAACAGAAGAAAAGAACUUCUCCAGAGGAUCAUUGUGGAGCUUGUUGAAUUUAUUUCUCCCAAGACCCCUAAACCUGGAGAACUUGGUGGAAGAAUAUCUGGGUCAGUGGCUUGGAGAGUAGCCCGAGGUGAAAUGGGUCUAGAGAAAAAGGAAGCCAUGCUCUUCCCCUCUGAAAAUGAGAAGAUUUCUAAACAGCUUCACCUUUGUUAUAAUAUUGUGAAAGAUCAUUAUGUUCGAGUUUCAGAUAAUAAUCAAAUCAUUUCUGGAUGGGAAAAUGGUGUAUGGAAAAUGGAAAACAUGAAACAGACUGUAGAAACAGACUGGAACAUGGUGUAUUUAGCCCGAAAGGAAGGAUCAUCUCAUGGUCAUAUUUCCUGGAAGUUUGAGUGUGGAUCAGUUGGCCUAAAACUAGAUAGCAUUACCAUUAGAACAAGUAGUCAAACCUUUCAGACUGGAACAAUACAGUGGAAACUGCGAUCUGAUACAGCACACGUAGAACUGUCCGGCGAUAAAAUUCCUCGCUCCUAUCAUGAUUUUUCUGGUGCCACAGAAGUUAUUUUGGAAGCAGAAUUAAGCAGAGGAGAUGGUGUUGUUGCUUGGCAACAUACUCAGCUAUUUAGACAAAGCUUAAAGGACCAAGAAGAAAAUUGUUUGGAGAUAAUUAUAAAAUUCAGUGACCUUUGAGAACCUGAAUAUUAUAGAAAAGCUGGCAAUAAUCAAGGACUUACCAUGUUUUAGAUUAGUCUGCUGGUUCAGUGCAUGCUUAGCGGGCAAUUUACUACUCUGCUAGCAUAUUUCUUUUGCUAGCUAUCCAUCAUGUAACCCUCCUGGAAAUAUAUCUUUGUACUAUGGACCAUAAUUAAACCUUGAAUUAAAAGCUCCCUUCCAUAUGUGACUGUAAUUUGGAGUAAAGUCUCAUUGCCCCAAUAUGAGAUUUUAAUCUAAAAAGUAUAAGCAUAGUUUAAAGUAAAAUGAAGGUAUUCAUGAUUAAAUGCUGUUCAUGAUUAUGAUAAAAGUUUAAGCUAGUAAUAGUAACUUGAUAUUUUAUGACCAGCUAUUGAUUUCUUCAUAAGUUAAUUGAAUCAGGUUUCUUAAGAUUUUUAAUUUUUAAUAACUGUGAAAGUGUAGUAUCUCAUAAGUUAUGCAUGAAAAUUUUUAUGAUUGUAAAUAUGUAGUCAUUUAAGAAAUAAAUUGAAUUAUUUUGCUUUAUAUCUUUUUAGUGGUUACUUUGCCUAAAUAAAAAUCUUUAAUAAGUAUGCUAACAAUUGAAAACAGCUUGAAUAGACAAGAGUUAUGAAAACAUUGACUGCAUAAAUUUAUAUACAUUAUAAGUCCAUAAUAUGUAGACUCAUCAGAAAAUGUUUUACUUUUGAUUUUUCUUUUGAGUAUUUUUAUCUACCUCAUUGAAUAAACUAUCUUGACUUUGAAACCAUG